GUAAAGAUCUCGAAAUCAUUCUGAAACUACGUAAAUAUACCUUAUUAUUAUCAUCAUCGUCAUUAAUUAAUUAUUAUUAUUAUAGCGUAUGCAUAUACGGAGUGAUUAUUAAUACAGUUAACAUUUUUGGAGUUUAAUUUCAGGUGAAUUUCAUACCAAAUAUGCUGAAUUCUGCGCAGAGAGAUAUACCUAUAGAUACACUGAUAGAUACGUAUGCACUCCGGGAGAGUGGGGAAGAGAUUUGAUCGGAAGUCGGGACAAGUUUGGUGCUUUGGUGCAUUGAACUGCUUUAAGCUAAGAAUCGGUGCUCUGUAUCGGAUUCCUCUGCUCCUCUCUGCUUGCUGUGUGAAUUCAUUGUGUUUGGCAUCGUGUUGACUAUCCAUUCCGUUCCUAUGAAUUUCAUUCGUUUGUUUUUGGAAAUUAUGUAACUCGGUUGAUUGUCUCCCUUUAUAUUGACUCGUCUAUUUGUUUCCAUUAACGAUGGCGUCGAUCCGGAGAACUCUAUCGCCGUAUCACGAGAGGCAUUAUCAGAACGGAGGGAAUCCGUUUUCCGGUGCCGUUCAAUCGUCCCCGAAACUUGUGUCCAGCGGAAAAGGCUCGUUUGGAUUUGGUGUUUUCAGUUCACUUGGAGGAGUUAGAUAUCCCCGGAAAAUGGUUUCGUGGAGAAAAUCGUUCUCUAGGUGCUUGGUUCUAUUCGUUCUAGGGUUUGUACUUGGUUUGACAAUGUUUGGUGAUCUCGAGGAAGUGAGCGGUAACAAUUUUUCCUGGAAAAUGAAAUCUCCAAUUAUGGAUGAUAAAUUGGAGCUGAAGGAUGUUGUCAUUCCUAGACCUAGUGCUCUUGUGGAUAGGGUGAAAUUACAAGUAGAGGAGAAGAUUGAACAGAUAGAUUUAGUUCCGCAGAAACAGCUUAUCAUUGUCACUCCAACUUAUAAUAGGGCCUUACAAGCUUAUUAUUUGAAUAGAUUGGGACAGGUUCUGAAGCUGGUGCAGCCACCAUUGUUGUGGGUUGUGGUUGAGAUGAGUGCAGCUUCAUUGGAAACUGCAGAUAUAUUAAGAAAGAUGGGAGUUAUGUAUAGGCAUCUGGUGUGUUCCAAGAAUAUGACGGACAUGAAAGACCGUGGUGUGCAUCAGAGGAACUACGCUUUGGAGCAUAUUGAACGACAUAGGCUAGACGGGAUUGUUUACUUUGCAGAUGACGAUAAUAUCUACUCACUCGAACUGUUUGAGAGUUUAAGAAAAAUCAGUCGUUUUGGCACUUGGCCGGUAGCUAUGCUGCAACAAAACAAGAAUAAAGCAAUAUUGGAAGGUCCGGUCUGCAAUGGAGAUCGCGUAAUUGGAUGGCACACAAAUGAGAAGAGUAAACGGCUUCGCAGAUUUCAUGUUGAUAUGUCUGGUUUUGCAUUUAAUAGCACCAUUUUGUGGGAUCCAAAAUUGUGGCGUAGACCCACUGCUGCUCCGAUUCGGCAACUGGACACAGUGAAAGAAGGCUUUCAGGAAACAACCUUUAUAGAGCAGCUUGUAGAAGAUGAGAGUCAAAUGGAAGGGAUACCUACUGGCUGUUCAAAGGUGUUAAAUUGGCACCUUCAUUUGGAUGCCGGUGAAAUUGUUUACCCAAAAGGCUGGAUCGUCCUGAAUAACAACUUUGGCACUCUUCUACCGUUAACAUUAUGAAAUCAGAUUCAGACAGGAAGAAAGAAGUUUUUUUAUUCCUUGAGUUAUUAUGGUGAAGAUCCAUAAUGAAGUGGGUACCACCAUGUUGUGGUUUGUCUCCAAAGGAUUGUUUUGAUGGAUAAAGACUUCAGAAGAAUUGGAGCAUUGCAUUGGAUAUUUGGAUGUGUGAAUUUUUGCUGUAGGGUGUCCCUUAAGGACAGCAAUAUAUGUUAUACAUGUACACAGGUGGAAAUCAGACUAUAUUUGUUUGGACGGUGAAUCUUAGAAGCCUGAAGACUUUCUUUAUAUUUACCUUUGGUCACAAUACAAGUUUUGUGAACUUCACUGUUAGUUAGCUCAAAAGUAAAUGGGUUAUUACAGAGAAAAUAUUCAUUCAAAUAUUCAUUUGUAACUUGUUGUUUUGUUAGAGUGACAUGCUAAUAUCCGGGCCCUACCCAGCCAAUGCUAAGUGUGUUGCCUGGACUCCUAAAACAAAUCGCUAAUUAGAUCCUAAAUCUAAUGUAAAUGGUUUAUACCAUUCAUUUACUCAUUUAGUAUUUUAGUUUCAUUCCAUAUGAACUGUAUGACACAUUUUGUGUAGAUUUGGUUAUUCAAUAUAAAUUGUCUCGACACUCUUGUGAAAAACUUCUUCCAUUUAUUCU